AAAGAAAAAAUAUAAAAUAUAUAUAUAUAUAUAUAGAAACGUUUUAUAUUAACUUUGGAUAUUUGGAAUCUAAAAAUAUACGAUCACGUCAGUAGCAUGAUAGUCAUAGACUGAUAUACUUAGCAGAGUACGCAAAAGGAACGUCAGUUGGUUAUAAUCUCUCGGCAGUGAAACUUGUUUGGUUCUAUCUCUAUCUCUCUCUCACUCACUAACUCACUAACUCACUCACUCACUCACUCACUCACUCUGUAUCUCUCUCUUUGUCUCGUUAUUUCUCUAGCACGCAUAUAGUCGUGCGCGUGUGCACACAACACACACACACAACACACACGUACACAACUAAUACACCUACGCACGUACGUGUUAUAAUAUUACAUCGGUAUAUCCUCUAUCUCUGUUUAGCCUUUGACUAGUGAAAUGGAGUGGUCGUGGGCAUGGAUAAUAUCCUUUGUAAUAGUAAUAAUAAGCAUAUAUCUAUACACGUAUAAUGAUUAUAAUUAUUUCAAAAAAUUAGGUAUACCGUAUAUAAAAUCAUGGCCAAUAUUGGGCAGUUUGGCACCAGUAUUUUUAAUAUUAAAACCAAUGGCCGAAUUACUCGUCAAUAUGUACAAUCAAUAUCCUGAUGCAAAAUACAUUGGUAUUUUCGAAAGUAGUAAUCCAGUUCUGUUAAUACGUGAUCCGGAAUUAAUAAAAACAAUUGCUGUUAAAAGUUUUGACAAUUUUCCGGAACAUCGAUCGUUCGUAGACGAAGUACAGGAUCCAUUAUUCGGAAGAAAUUUAUUUUCAUUACGUGGUGACCGUUGGAAGGAAGCGAGAAUGAUGUUGAGCCCGACAUUUACAUUGAGCAAAUUAAAAGGCAUGUUUAAACUUAUGAACGAGUGUGGUGCCGAUUUUACCGAUUAUUUAUACAAAAUGCCGGAAAAUAAGAAAAUGAUAGAAUUGAAAGAUGUAUUUACGAGAUAUACAAACGACGUAAUAGCAACUUGUGCAUUUGGCAUAUCCAUAAAUUCAAUGAAACAUCCGGAAAAUGAAUUUUAUUUAAUUGGAAGAGAAGCUACUCAUUUUGGUCCACUUAGAACAAUAGAAUUCAUGUUUGCACGUGCUUUUCCAUUGUUAUCACGUUUAUUAAAUAUCAAAUUUGUAUCGGAUAAGGUUGCUAAUUAUUUCGAAAAUAUCGUCAAAGACGUUAUCGAUACUAGAGAUCGAAAUAAUAUCGUUAGAUCGGAUAUGAUACAAUUGAUGAUCGAAGCUAGAGAUAAGAGGGCAGAGAUGGGACAAGAAUUACCAUUAAUUGAUAUAGUAGCACAGGCAUUUGGUUUUUUCUUUGGUGGUUUUGAUUCAGUAAGUUCGGCUAUGUGUUUCACUUGUCACGAAAUUUGCAUCAAUUCUGAUAUACAAAAGAAAUUGCAAAAGGAUAUUGAUGAGAUCAUUGAAAAAACUCAUGGAAAUCCUACAUACGAUGAUAUUAACAACAUGCAUUAUCUCGGUGCUGUGAUAAAUGAAUCACUCAGAAGAUAUCCAAUUGCUCUGAUGCAUGACAGAUUAUGCAUUCAAGAUUACGAAUUACCACCAACAUUACCAAAUUGUAAACCAUUAAUCGUAAAGAAAGGCAUGAACGUAAUGUUUCCAGUAUAUGCGAUUCAUCACGAUCCCAAAUACUUCGAAGACCCAUACAAAUUUAAUCCCGAAAGAUUUAUGGAAAAUGGCAAAGAUAUCGCUAAUUCUGGAACUUAUUUUCCAUUUGGAAUUGGACCUAGAAUGUGCAUUGCCAAUAGAUUCGCCAUAAUGGAAAUCAAAGUAUUGAUCUUUCAUUUAUUAGCAAGAUGUAAUCUGAAACCUUGUUCGAAAACUGUUCAUCCGAUACAACUUACUAAAUCAGGAUUAAACAUGAACUCGGCAAAUGGUUUUUGGGUUUAUUUAGAGGAAAGAAAGGAUAUUCAUCCAGCGGUUAAAAAUCUUUUACCAAAUAGCAACAUCGAUAAUAAUAAUUAUAAUAAUUCUAAUGCCACAAUUAAAGCAUCCACUAAUGGCAUUGCCGUUAAAAUGGAUACGUGGACUAUAAUUUUGACCUUGGUGAUAGUGAUACUUAGCAUAUAUUAUUACGUGAAAUAUAUUUAUAAUUAUUUCGAGAGAAUCAAUUUACCAUAUUUAAAACCAUUGCCAUUUUUGGGUAAUAUAGGACCAGCCAUAUUACGACAAAAAACAUUAGCCGAAAUAGCUAUCGAUGCUUAUAAUGUAAAACCUAAGGAAGCAAAAUACAUUGGUUUUUUUGAUAUGAGGAAACCAGUGAUAAUGAUACGUGAUCCGGAAUUGAUAAAAACCGUCACCGUGAAAAGUUUCGAUCAUUUUUCAAAUCAUUUUGGUUUUGCCAAUGAAGGAUUAGAUAUUUUAUUUACAAAAAAUUUAUUUUCAUUGAGAGAUGACAAAUGGAAGGAAACUAGAACGAUGUUAAGUCCAACAUUUACAUUGAGCAAAUUAAAGGGUAUGUUUAAAUUGAUGAACGAGUGUGCCAUUGAUUUUACCGAUUAUUUAUCCAAAAUGCCAACGAGUAAAAAAACAUUAGAAAUGAAGGAUGUAUUUACGAGAUAUACAAAUGACGUAAUAGCAACAUGUGCUUUUGGAAUAAGUAUUAAUUCGAUGAAAGAUCCUAACAAUGAUUUUUACAUUAAUGGUAGAAAAGCAACGAAUUUCGAUGGUUUUAAAUCAAUCAUUGAAAAAACUAAUGGAAAUCCAACAUAUGAUUCUAUUAAUAACAUGCAAUACUUAGAUGCAGUGAUCAAUGAAUCAUUAAGACGAUAUCCAAUUGCAGUUUUUCUCGACAGAAUGGUAGUAGAUGAUUAUGAAUUACCACCUGCAUUACCCGAUGGCAAACCUUACUUAUUGAAAAAAGAUAAAUAUAUUUGGAUAACAGUUUACGGAUUGCAUCACGAUCCGAAUUAUUUCGAGAACCCAUUUAAAUUCGAUCCAGAAAGAUUUUUGAUAAAAGGAAAAGAGAUAAUCAAUUCUGGUUAUUAUUUGCCUUUUGGAAUGGGACCUAGAAUGUGUAUUGGUAAUAGAUUCGCAUUAUUGGAAAUGAAAGUAUUAAUUUUUCAUUUAUUGGCACGUUGUAAUUUGAAACCAUGUACGAAAACACAAAUUCCAUUGAAAUUGUCAAAAAAAGGAUUAUUCGGUAUGACAUCUGAAAAGGGUUUUUGGAUGACUUUGGAAGAAAGGGAUAAUGUACAUCCAUCGUUACAAAAUUAUGUAUUUGAUAAUGAUACUUCUUCUGAUGUUAAGCAUAAUAAUAUAAAUAAUGUAUCAACUAAUAAUGUUAGUAAUGAUCAUCAUGCAUAAAUUUAAAAUAUAAUAACGAAUAAUAUUGUAAUACUCAUCUAUUUUAUCAUUUUUAUACAAUAAUAAUUUGUUUUAAUAUUUAUCAUAAAAUAUUGAUGAAUAAUAUUACGUUGUCUGAUGUUUUCCAAUGAA